AGCUCUACUCAAAAUCUUAUACUCGCGCAUCCCUCUUAUUUUUACGCUAGCGUCAACUCCCCCUCUUCCUGCGCAUCCCUAGAUUGCAAUUCCAAUUGUUUUUGUGGAUCGAUUUCUGUAAAUCUUGUUGCUGUUGAAUGGAAAUCGUCUGGGGAACAUAUUUCUGAGCUCAAUUUUGGUGAUUUGGGGCCUUAUUUUGCUGAAUUGAAGAGUAACUCCCUCGCCAUGACUGUUCAUCUUCAAAACUACAAGUCUGAUUUCCCCUUCGUUCAUGCUCAAUUGAAGGCCUUUUUGUUGGGAAUCCUAAGGGACUUGUUGGCAGUGGUUUCUGGUUUGGAUUAUUAUUUGCUUUUGGUUUAGUGGGCUGGUGUUUUUCAGUUGGGUACAUGCUUGUUCAGUUGGCAAUAGUUUUCUGGUUUUCAGUUGGCAUCAGGUUUUUGUAGAUUGUUGGAACAGCCAUGAAUAUGUCCUCCUCCUCCACGUCAGGUCACAAGGUAACCCGGGUGGUGAAGUCCAGGAGCCACCACAACUGCACCACAAGAAUCUGCCCCUGCCCAUACCUGGCCAGCGAGCAAGUUAAACACCAAACAGGCUUAAAUCAGGGGUUACUUCGAAUCCAUCGCUUAUGUGGUAUUGAAACAUUGGAGUUCAAGGCUCAACAAUGGUUCCAUAAGUUGCUGUUCUAAGAGUACAUGAAGCAAAUCUCCCCAUGAAGAAGCCCAAUUUAGCCCAAGGGAUCACCUGCCACAACAAGAGUUGUGCUCACUGCCCAAACCCAUAUAAUGCCCCAAAACACAUCCAGCAGUCCAUCCAUUUUGAGGCAGCCCCAACACAAGUUCAAAACAGCAGCCCCAAGUAGUAGUGUGGCUAGAGAUGUUGGGCAAUGAACACAAAUCUCCCCAUGAAGUCAAAUAAUCAACCAAAGGUGUUGAAGGAUAUAAGAGAUCAUGAACAGCCAGUGGGGACCCAAAGGUGUCACUGCCCAUCACUGAAAAUUCAGGAAUUCAGAGUCUAAAAACCAGUGACCAGCUGGUUUAGACCUCAAAUGCCAAUUCCAGGUUAUGGGUUGUGUCCUAUUCAUCAGCACCUAACCAUUACAGCUCCAUGAACAAACCAGUAGAACCUGGGCAGUCCUAGCCAAAGCAAUGCAAGGAAGGCAGUGAACAACAAGGCUACAAACACCAGCAGGUUCAUGAUGCAAUUUAUCACACACAAGAUCAGUUGGUUAUCCUAGAAUUUAGCUUCUAAAUAUGGUUGUUGGUUAUCAAUUCUUGGGUUUGGUUUCAAUUUUGUUUUACCAGCUUUGGUGUAUGUUUAUCUAGGUUUGACUAUGAUAUGUAGCCCUUCGUUUUGGUUUUUAUUUGGGCAAUGUUUUUGAUGUAGGGAAUAGUUUUUAGCUUUUCUCGAGGGGCUUUGGUUUGGUCCUCCCCUAUGAUCAUUGAUGCUAACAGAAAAAUGAGCCAGUCUUCAUAUGAGAACCUUAUCACACAGGACUCUGUAAAGAGUAAAGUAAAGAAGAUCAUCACUCAGACACUAGAUUUAGAUGCAUGCGAAGAUUCCACCAAAGAUGAUACUUCUAAGAACCAUGAUAUUGAUGCAUGUUUUGAUGGACCAAAUUUUAAUAUGAAGCGAGAUCUUAGAAAGGAAUUUGAAGCUAAGGACCCUUGACAAAAAAAAACCCAACGUGGGUGUGAAGAUUGUGAAAGACUGAAUCAAGCUUGGAGAAGCCU